AUGGAGGGUGCAAUCAUCAGCUUGACCGAGGGCGCCGUGCGAGGCCUCCUGUGCAAGCUCGGCGGCCUCCUCGCGCAGGAGAGCUGGCCGGUGCAGCGCCUCCACGGCGAGGUCCAGUACAUCAAGGACGAGCUCGAGAGCAUGACCGCCUUCCUCCGUAGUCUGGCCGAAUCGUCCGACGGCCACGACGACCAGGUCCGGGUCUGGGUGAAGCAGGUGAGGGAGAUCGCCUACGACGCCGAGGACUGCAUCGACGACUACGUCCGCGGCCGCCAGCCGUUCGACAGGGACGGCGGCGCCGUCAUGGCGUCCCUCCGCCGCUUUGUCCGUCUGCUCGCCACGCUAGGAUCAGGCGGUGGUGGUCGCCGUCACCGGCGCAUGGCGGCCCAGCUCCAAGAACUGAAGACUCGCGCCAGGGACGCCGGCGAGCGGCGUUCCAGGUACGGGGUGCUGCCGCCAAAGACGGCGCUCGGGCGUGCCAGCAGCCACGCGUCCAGCUCCGGCGUCUCCGGCCGCCUGGACCCGCGGCUGCACGCCCUCUUCACCGAGGAGGCGCAGCUGGUGGGCAUCGACGGGCCGAGGGACGAGCUCGUGGGCUGGCUGAUGGAGGACGACGCGCGGCUCCGGGUGCUCGCCGUCGUCGGGUUCGGUGGGCUCGGCAAGACCACGCUGGCGAGGAUGGUGUGCGAGAACCCGCGGGUGAAGAGCGCUGACUUUCAGUGCUCCCCGUUCCUCAUCGUGUCGCAGACGCUAAACGUCAGGGCGCUGUUCCUGCACAUGCUCAGGGAACUGAUCCAGCGGCCGCGCCUGGCUGCCGGCGACGAUACCAUGGAUGAUAGCUUGCACGGGGCGGAGAGCUGGGAAACGGCGCUGCUGGCCAACAAGCUCAAACUUUACCUGCAAGACAAAAGGUACAUUGUGAUUCUUGAUGACAUAUGGACUUCAUCAGCAUGGGAGAACAUCAGAUGUGUGUUUCCUGACAAUGAAAAAGGAAGCAGAAUUAUAGUGACCACCAGGAACGAGGAUGUCGCUAAUACAUGUUGUUGUCAUUCCCAAGAUCGGAUUUACAAAAUUCAACGCCUAUCUGAGAUUGCAUCACGUGAGCUAUUCUUCAAGAGGAUCUUUGGCUUAGUAGAUGGAUUGCCAAACAAUGAGUUGGAAGAAGUUUCAAAUGUCAUACUCAAGAAAUGUGGGGGGUUACCAUUAGCCAUAGUCAGCAUUGGUAGCCUUCUCGCUAGCAAACCAAACAGAACCAAACAAGAGUGGCAGAAGGUUUCUGAUAACUUGGGCUCUGAACUUGAAAUAAAUCCAACUCUGGAAGGGACAAAGCUAGUCUUAUCUUUGAGUUACAAUGAUCUGCCAUACCAUCUGAAGGCUUGCUUCUUGUAUCUAAGUAUCUUUCCUCAAAAUUAUGUGAUCAAGAGGGGACCUUUGGUGAGAAUGUGGAUAGCCGAAGGAUUUGUCACCGCAAAACAUGGACUUAGUAUGGAGGAGGUUGCUGAAAGAUACUUUGAUGAGUUCGUCGCCAGAAGCAUGGUGCAUCCUGUGAAAAUUGAUUGGAGUGGUAAGGUGAGAAGCUGUCGAGUUCAUGAUAUAAUGGUUGAAGUCAUCAUGUCCAAGUCACUUGAGGAGAACUUUGCAUCCUACUUCUGUGAAAAUGGAACCACACUGGAUUCCCAUGACAAAAUCCGGCGCCUCUUCUUCCAGAGCAGUAGCCACUUAGUGCAGAGAACAAGUGCUAGUGUAGCUCAUGUUCGCACAUUUAGAAUGUCACCUUCCAUGGAGGAAAUCCCAUUCUUCUUCGCACACUUGCGGCUGUUAAGAGUGUUGGAUAUGCAAGGCAGUAGCUGCUUGAGCAACAAGGAUUUAGACUGUAUCUGUAACUUUUUCCAACUGAAAUACCUAAGCCUCAGAAAUACCAGUAUUUCCAAAUUGCCGAGAUUCAUAGGUCAUCUAAAUUACUUGGAGACACUAGAUAUCAGAGAAACACUUAUCAAGAAGCUACCAAGUAGUGCCAAGAGCCUGGUACGUCUGAAGCAUUUGUUAGUUGGACAUAAGACACAUCUUACUAGGACAGGUAGUGUGAAGUCCUUCAGAAGAUCCUCUGGUCUAGAAAUGACACCUGGGGUUCUCAUGAACAUGGCAUCCCUUCAAUCAGUAUGCCAUAUAGAGAUAAAAAAGGACCCAUCAGUGUUCCAGGAGAUAAGCUUGUUAAGAAAUCUAAAGAAGCUGAAUGUUCUCUUCCAUGGGGUAGAGGUAAACUGGAAACCUUGUCUGGAAUCAUUAAGCAAUUUGCCAGGAUCUGUGCGCUCGCUUUCCAUUCAAAUAUUUGAUGGAGAUGGAAGCAUCUCAUCGGAGGAAAUGCUAUCUUCAGUGGAGUCACCCCCUCUCUUGGUUACAAGCUUUGGCCUGACGGGCAAGCUGGAGCGCUUGCCUCUGUGGGCAGCAUCACUUAGAAACGUCUCGACGUUUACUCUUCGCAACAACGGGCUCCACGCCGACGCCAUAGACGUCCUUGGAGACCUGCCAAGUCUGCUCUGCCUCAAGCUGUAUCACAAAUCAUAUGCCGAUGACUGCCUCAUAUUCCCGCAGGGUAAAUUUUUGAAAGUCAAGCUAUUGGUUAUUGACAACUUGGAGAACAUUGACAAGGUGUGCUUCAAGGAUGGUUCUGUGCCGUGUCUUGAAAGGCUUACAUUGUCAUUCCUACGGGAACCCAAGCACGGGAUCUCUGGUCUUGAGAACCUUCUGAAGCUGAAGGAGAUAGAGUUCUUUGGUAACAUCUAUUCCUAUCGGCCGUUGUUAGGAGCUAGGGUUCAGGCUCCUCUAGAUCGUAGGUGGUAGGGAAAGGAGGGAGCGGGGCGUGGGCUAGAACGCGGCGGCCGGCGGCGAGGCGCCGUCCUUGCGGCUGGGUGGCGGCGGCGCAGGAGAGAGAGAGCUAGGGUUUAGGGUUCCGGCUCCUCUGGGAGCCGGGCAAUAGAAUAGUCUUAUUGCUUAAUCCUCAAAAUAGUCUUACAACUUGUAUAUAUAAUCAUAAUCUGAAAAUAAACUAAGAUAACUUGGGCCUUAAGCCUGCCCAGUGGGCCCCCGGCGGCCAUAGACCUGGCCGGUCAUAACAUCUCUCCCCGCCUGCGCAAACAGCUCGUCCUCGAGCUGAAAGUCGGGGUAGUGCUGGCAGAACUCCUCGCGUUGCUCCCAAGUAGCGUCCUCCUCUGGUAGUCCAGCCCACCGAAUCAACACGUACUAGGAGCCUCAGCGCAGCUGAGCCUUCAGCGCCUUCUCUGGUGCAGGAAGGAGACGCCCGUCCGCGAGCGGCGGAAGCGCCGGUGGUGCCGCGGGUGGAUCGCCGCGGAAAGGCUUGAGCAGCCCGACAUGGAAGACAUCAUGGAUCCGUGCACCUGCCGGAAGCUGAAGACGGUACGCCACUUUGCCAAUGCGUUCCAGGAUAGCAAAGGGACCGGCAUAGCGAGGACCGAGCUUCUUCCUCGCGCGGGGGUCCAACGACUGCGUAGAGCGAUGAAGUAGACGCAGCCAGACCCAAUCACCCACCGCGAACUCCGCCUCACGAUGGUGGCCAUCAUAGUAUCAUUUGGCCAACUGCUGGGCCUGGAGGAGUCGUUGCUGGACCUCCGCGAGCAUCUCAUCACGGCUCCUCAAAAGAGCCCCGGCUGCCUCGGUCCGUGCCGAGGCUGGAUCAACCGGCAGAAUCGGCGGGGGCGGCCGGCCAUACACCACCUCAAAGGGCGUAGCACGGAGGGCGGAGUGCUAAGAGGUGUUGUAGCAGUACUCUGCCCACGAGAGCCAGUCCACCCAUGCGCGAGGGCGAUCACCUGUAACACAACGCAAAUACAUGGCAAUCACCUUGUUAACGAUCUCCGACUGGCCAUCUGUCUGAGGGUGGAAGGCGGUACUCAGGCGGAGCUUCACGCCUUCCAGUUGGAAGAGGUCGCGCCAUACAUGACCCGUGAACACAGGAUCUCGAUCACUGACGAUCGAAGAAGGAAACCCGUGGAGACGGACAAUGCCAUCGAAGAAGGCCCGCGCGGCAGAUGCCGCUGAAUAUGGAUGGCCAAGGGCGAUGAAAUGAGCAUACUUGGAGAAGCGGUCGACCACCGUGAGAAUGAUGGACUUGCCGCCCACCUUGGGAAGGCCCUCGAUGAAAUCCAUGGAGAUGUUCGCCCAAACCUGAGACGGGACCUCCAAGGGCUGAAGCAUACCAGCUGGUCGCAGGGUCUCUGUUUUGUUGCACUGGCACGUCACACAAGACCGUACCCAGUCGCGGACCAGUGCACGAUCACCUGGAAUGUAGAAGUCGGCGCGGAGGCGAUGUAGCGUCUUCUGCAUGCCCUCAUGGCCCGCCGAGUGGGCGAGACGCAGCACCUGCUGACGAAGAUCGUCGUGGUCCGGAACGAAGACGCAGCGCUCAUGGAGAAGCAGGCCGUCGGCUAGACGCCACGGCUCCUCUAGCUCGCCCGCCGCCAGCUGUUGCUGCAGGAGGAGGGCGUCGGCCGCGGCAGCGUUCGCCCGGCGAAUGUCGGCGUAGAGGGCGAAAGAGGGCCCGGUGAUGAUGCAGAAGGCAGCCCCUUCCGCCGCCCCAUCGUCCACAUCGGCGUCACGCCGAGAUAGGGCGUCGACGACGGUGUUGACGCGACCCGGCCAGUACUCGACGGUAAAAUCAAAGCCAAAUAGUUUACUGAUCCACUAGUUCUGGGGAACCGUCGAGAGCCUCUGAUCCAGCAUGAACUUGAGGCUGUAGUGGUCCGUGCGGAUCUGGAAGGAACGGCCCCAAAGAUAGGGCCGCCAAUGGCGUACUGCCUGCACCAACCCAAUGAGCUCACGCUCAUACGCCACCAAUUUAAGAUGGCGAGCAGCAAAGGGGCGGCUGAAGAAAGCGAGGGGUCCAUCGCCCUGGUGCAAGACCGCACCAAACCCCGCACCGGAAGCGUCGUAGUCGACGGUGAAGGGAAAGUCGAAGUCCGGCAUCUGCAGUACGGGUCCCGUCGUGAGGGCCCCCUUGAGGGCCUCGAACGCUGAAGUGGCCUCCGUAUCCCAAGAGAAGGAGUCGCGGCGGAGGAGACGCGUGAGCGGGGCAGCGAUAAGGCCAAACUCCCGGAUGAACUUCCGAUAGUACCCGGCAAGACCAAGGAAGCCGCGAAGAGCCCGCGGAGACUGCGGAAUGGGCCAGGCGGCGACGACCGCCACCUUGUCGGCGUCCAUGGCCACACCCUCGGCCGAGAUGACGUGGCCGAGGUAAGCAACCGAAGGUGUCCCGAACGAGCACUUCGAGCGCUUAAGAUGAAGAUGAUGCGCCCGAAGCUCGUUGAAGACGAUGGCCACAUGCUGGAGGUGCUCUGCCCAAGAGGCGCUGUAGAUAAGAAUGUCAUCAAAGAAAACGAGCACAAAUCGACGUAAGUAGGGCCGGAGGACAUCGUUCAUCAAGGCCUGACAUGUCGCCGGGGCGUUGGCGAGGCCAAAGGGCAUCACCAAGAACUCGAAGUGGCUGUGAUGGGUCCGGAACGCCGUCUUGGCGAUGUCGUCGGGAUGCAUGCGCACCUGAUGAUACCCCGACCGGAGGUCCAGUUUGGUGAAGAAGCGCGCACUAUGUAGCUCAUCCAGGAGUUCAUCGACCACCGGAAUAGGAAACUUAUCCUUAAGUGUGAGAGCAUUAAGGGCGCGGUAGUCGAUGCAGAAAUGCCAAGUGCCGUCCGACUUACGGACGAGGAGGACCGGCGCCGUAAAGGGUGAUGUAGAGAUACGGAUAAUGCCUGCGGCAAGCAUGAUGGCGCACUGCCGCUCCAAGUCGUCCUUCUGCAACUGAGGGUACCGGUAGGGUCGUACUGCCACCGGAGCCGAGCCCGGCAGGAGAUGAAUACGAUGGUCGUAGACCCGGGCCGGCGGAAGGCCCUGGGGUUCCGCAAAAAGAUCACCGUGCUGCUGCAGGAGGUGAUCCAGCAGCGGAUGCUCGGCCUCCGUGGUGGCCGCGGCUAGCUGGAGUGGGGGCGACGCCGGGGUGCCGCCAAUGCCCUCCCACCGGAUGCGGCGGCCGAGGUGCCAAAAGGUCAUCGUCAGGGCGUCGAAGUCCCAAAGUAUGGGGCCGAGAGUCCGCAAAAAGUCGACGCCGAGGAUGAAGUCGAAGCAGCCCAAGUCGAUGCCGGCACAUGUGAUGGUGAAGUGCUCGUCGCCGAUAGUAAUGGGAACGUCCCGAGCGAGCCCAUGGCAUCGGAGGCGGUCGCCAUUAGCGACGGUGACCCGCAGCUGCUCCCCUCCCGUCGG